AUGCCCGAGGUCGUGGUAGGGGUUGAAUACACCACCUGUACCUGCAGGCGGAAGAGCAAGCGGAACAAAUCCGAGGAUUACGGAAAAACCUUCAAGGACAUCACCAGCCUCAUCAACAACACCUUCAUCCGGACCGAGUUUGGCAUGGCUAUCGGCCCGGAGAAUUCGGGAAAGGUCAUCCUGACGGGCGACGUCUCCGGCAGCAGCCGCGGCGGUAGGAUCUUCCGUUCAUCUGAUUUUGCCAAGAAUUUUGUCCAGACGGAUCUGCCCUUCCAUCCCCUGGUGCAGAUCACCUACCACCCCCAAAACUCGGACUGCCUGCUGGCCCUCAGCACCGAGAACGGCCUCUGGGUCUCCAGGGAUUUCGGAGAGAAGUGGGAAGAGAUCCACAAAGCCGUCUGCCUGGCCAAGUGGGGUGCGAACGACACCAUCUUCUUCACCACCUACCUGAACAACUCCUGCAAAGCUGAUCUGGGGUUACUGGAGCUAAAGAAAACCUCCGACUUCGGCAAAGCCUUCAAGGUCAUCGGCACCAAGAUUUAUUCCUUCGGGCUGGGAGGACGCUUUCUUUUCGCCUCCGUCAUGACAGAGAAGGGUACCACGAGGCGCAUUCACGUCUCCCUUGACCAAGGCGAGACCUGGAACAUGGCCCAGCUCCCCUCCGUCGGGCACGAGCAGUUUUACUCCAUCCUGGCCGCUAACGACGACCUGGUGUUCAUGCACGUGGACGAGCCGGGCGACACUGGUUUUGGCACCAUCUACACCUCCGACGACCGCGGCAUCGUCUACUCCAAAUCCUUGGAGCGGCACCUCUACACCACCACCGGCGGGGAGACUGACUUCACCAACGUCACCUCGCUGCGGGGCAUCUACAUCACCAGCGUCCUCUCCGAAGACAACUCCAUCCAGUCCGUCAUCACUUUUGACCGUGGUGGGGAGUGGGUGCCGCUGCGGAAACCUAAAAACACCACCUGCGACUCCACGGCCAGGAGCAGGGAAGAGUGCAGCCUCCACAUCCACGCCUCCUACAGCAUCUCCCAGAAGCUGAACGUCCCCAUGGCUCCCCUCUCCGAGCCCAACGCCGUCGGCAUCGUCAUCGCCCACGGGAGCGUCGGGGGGGCCAUCUCGGUGAUGAGCCCCGACGUCUACAUCUCGGACGACGGGGGCUACACCUGGGCGCGGAUGCUGGAGGGGCCGCACCAUUACGCCAUCCUGGACUCGGGCGGUCUCAUCGUCGCCAUCGAGCACACCAGCCAGCCCGUCAACGUCAUCGAGUUCUCGACGGACGAAGGGCAGUGCUGGUAUAAGUACGCUUUCUCCAAGGACCCCAUCUUCUUCACCGGCCUGGCGUCCGAGCCGGGGGCUCGCUCCAUGAACGUCAGCAUCUGGGGCUUCCGGGGGAACUUCCUCUCCCGCAAGUGGGUCUCCUACACCAUCGACUUCAGCGAGCUGCUCAGCAGGACCUGCGAGGACAAGGACUACACCAUCUGGCUGGCGCAUUCCAGCGAUCCCAGUGACCCCAGUGACGGCUGCAUACUGGGCUACAAGGAACAAUACCGACGUCUCCGCAAGUCCUCUGUGUGCCAGAAUGGCCGGGACUACAUGGUGACCAAGCAGCCGUCCGUCUGUCCCUGCACGCUGGAGGAUUUCCUCUGCGAUUUUGGCUACUACCGCCCGGAGAACCAGUCUGUCUGCGUGGAGCAGCCGGAGCUGAAGGGACACGACCUGGAAUUCUGCCUCUACGGCAGACGGGAACUGCUCAAGACCAGCGGGUACCGGAAAAUCCCUGGGGACAAGUGUUUGGGAGGGGAGAGCCCGAGCAGCAAGGAGACAGACAUGAAGAAGAAAUGCACCAGCAACUUCCUCAACCCCAGCCAGCUGGCAGCGUCUACCAGCUCCACCCCCAUCAUCCUCGCCGUCGUGGCCGUGCUGCUCGUCACCGCCGUGGCCGGAGUCCUCCUCGUCAAGAAAUACGUCUGCGGGGGCAGGUGA